ACUUCCAGAGGGAUCAGACUUCCAACAUUAUCUUUCGAGCGUUAGAGAGCAGCAGGACGUAGAAUAUUUAGUGCAAAAAUGAAUAGUGUGAUAUUAGUUCUAGCAUUAGGAUUGAGUGGCGUUAGUUGUUAUUUACCUCCGUCCAUCGAAGUUUGCCAUCGAGAUGUUCCCGAUAUGGACAAGUGCGUGCUGGCUGUGGUGGGGAAAAUGCGAUCCAAUAUUGUUUCUGGGGAUUACGGAAAUGGAACCAAAUUACCGAGCUUAGAUCCGCUCUACAUGGAACGGUUGGAUAUCGACGAUGGAUCAAACUUACAGGCUACCUUCCGCAAUACGAUCAUUACGGGAGCCAAGAACUUCCACGUGGACAAAAUGCACAUCAACCCUGCCAACAGGACUUUGAAUCUGUUGAUCACUUUAGAUAAUGUAGUUCUAAAGGGGAAGUACAACAUGAAUUUGAGGCUUGGACUGCUCUUAGUCGACGGCGAUGGAGAUUCGACUUUGGAUCUGACUGACGUAAAGCUUCUAGUCAAAAUGAACUACUUCUUCGCGGAGAACAGCAACGGUCGUAAAACGAUGCAAUUCCACCCGAUAGAUGUGAAAAUCAAGUACGCCGGUACUGCCAAGUUCGACAUGACGAAUCUCUUGAAGGAUAAGCCCCGCCUCGGACAGGCCGCCAACGAAGCCAUCAACGAAAGUCCGGAGCUAAUACUGGAGAAAACGAAACAUCCGGUGGAACAGUUCUUCUCCAAGCUGUUCACUACGAUCGCCAAUGGACUGAUGAACGAUGCCGAAGAGGAGGAAGCUUUUCCUGUGCGAAUUCCUAGUUGAUUAUUAGAAUGUAUAGAUCAGGAGAGGAAUCCACAUGAGGAGAGUUAAAAUGAAAGAUAAACGAAUUUUGUUGUAUAAGUUUUUCUAACAGUAUUUGAAAAAAUAAAUACCCUGGACGACAAAAAAA